CAUGGCAAGUUUAGAAAUGACAAGGCGGGGAGUGACCUUUGCCCCGCUGCUGCUACUGCUGCUGCUGCAGUUGACCGGACUUGGUCGUACGGAGAAUAUCGACGCUGUGGAGGAGACAGAUCGCUUUUGUUACCCGGAAUCCGCUCGGAACUCGCGUCGCUCCUGCGAGUGCAGCAAUGUAAGUGCCUCGCCCUGGGGCAUGCGUGCCCUGCGCAUCGAUUGCAGCUACAAGGAUUACCGGGUGGCCGAGCUCAGCCAGCUGCUGCCCCUCUACAUUGACACACUGGAUCUGUCCUGGAAUGCCCUCGAUUCUGCACCGAUCUUCACCAGCGACAGCCUGCACCAACUAAACCUAAUGCACAACAACAUCUCUCGCUUGGUGGCCGGCAACUUCAAGCAGCUCACCAGUUUGAGGGAGCUUUAUCUGGGCUGGAACAGCAUUGGCCAGCUGGAGGCAACCACCUUUGAGGGUCUUCCCCAUCUACAAGUGCUCGACCUGGCCCACAACAACCUACACUCGCUGCCGGCCAAGCUAUUUGCUCCUAUGCUGGUGCUUGGCACCCUGGACCUAUCCUGGAACCGACGCUUCAACGAAACGAACCUGGAUCUAUACUCCGGAUUGGGAAUUAAUUGGAAACUGAAUGCACUGCGACUGGAUGCCUGCAGCCUGACCGAACUUCAUCUGCCCGAGGAUGUGCCCCUGAAAGAGCUCUCCCUGCGCCGUAACCUGCUGCAGCGUAUGCCCAGGCGGCUUCCACAGACGCUGGUGCGCCUGGACAUUAGUGACAACCUGCUGGAGCAUCUCCUACACGAAGAUACUUCCAACCUUACCCAGAUUCGCCAGCUCUAUGUGGAGGAUAUGUCGCUGAUGCAGAGCAUUGUGGCUAACUCCCUGACACCCCUGGAGCUGCUCGAGACGCUGAGCUUCCAGAAUAGCCGCCGGUUGACCCAUUUCGAUGCUGAGGCCUUUGGUCACAUCCCCAGGACAGCUGUUGGGAAGAAAUGGGCACUGCGGUCACUGAGCUUUCGUGGCACUAUGCUGCGCUCCUUUAAUUCCUCGCUGGCGCCGCUUUUUAGUCAACUUACCGAACUGGAUCUCAACGGUUUGCCGCUGCAGUGUGACUGCGAGUUGCUCUGGCUGAAGCAGCUCCCGGUGCAGACCAACGGGCGUUGCUACAAGCCCGCUCGCAUCCGCGGCAUGCUGGUGACUUCCGCCCGCGCCGAUGCCUUCAGCUGUGACUCCUGGCCACGCUGGGCCUACGGCUUGGUGGUGCUUACACUGAUUGCCCUUAGUGCCGCCGGCAUUUACCUGAUCGUGAUGGGAUUGCGUCCGCACCGAGGCGUCACCAUGCGCCGGAAGGUGGGCGUCGGCAGUCCCUAUGCCCGUGUCACCAUCGAACCCAAUCGCCAGGAGAAUCCGCAUUAGGAUUAGCAUUGGGCGGGCCCUUGAUAAUCUGCUAAAACUACCUCCUAAGUUGUUGUAUGUAUGUAUGUGAACAAUAAAAGAGUCCUUAUUUAAGU